AUGUCUAGUCUUCAACAGGUUACGAGCCCCGAGAGGCAGCUAAAACGCGCACUCGACUCGCCAGCCGAACCUCCCACACGAGACCGCAAUGAGCGGCGAAUGACGCAACCCCUGGAGCGGACGCUCGUCGCCACGCGGGCGCUCUCCGACUCCUCCACCUUUGCGCAGAGCCUACUGGGACGAACCCGGCAUGCCUACCGGCGGUCACAGGCCGCGCGCGAGACCGCAGUGCAGCGGAGAAAAUCUGUACGCGCAGUCUUCACCACGCAGAUCCGCGGCACCUUCGAGACGGCCCACGCUGAGCCCGAACGCAGGCGGAAGGAGGAUACCGACCACUCUUCGCACAUGAACCUUACGAAGCUCCCCCACAAGCUCACGCCGACGAACUACGUAUCGUGGAUGACGACGAUGGAAUCAACGCUCGACACUAUCGAACUCUUCGAGUACGCUACCGGAGAAGUUCCCGAGCUCGAUCCGGAUGUCGACGAGGCGCUCGUGUCGCAGAUCAGCCACCUCACGGUCGUGGCACAGGUCUGGCAAGAAGUGCGACGACUAUUCGCAGGCGAAACCCUUACCGACUGGACACUUCUUAUCACCAGUCUCGUCACGACGAAGUAUGCCGAUGGCGAAGAUCUGACCCUUCAUAUUGCAAAGAUGAAAGCAUACCGGCGAGAUCUCAUCCUCAUGUCCCGAAAUAUCCCUGACGACCUCUAUGCUUGUUUCAUCCGAAUCUCUAUGCCACAAUCCUGGAACUACGUAUUUUCUGGCCUUUCUCAGUACUACACAUCUUCUGAGAUCGAACGAUGUCUGAAGGAAGAAUAUGCCAUACGACAGAACCAGCAAUCGACAGCGCGAGCAUACAAUGCCAAGCAGCAGUCCGGCAAGCGAUUGAAGAAGGAAUACAAACCAGGCGACCCCUUCUGCAAGAAUUGUGAACGGCCCGGUCACUACAUCAAGGACUGCUGGUCGAAAGGGGGUGGAGCUGAGGGGAAGGGACCACGUAGUAAGAAGAAGGAGAAGAAGGAUUUGGAGAAACAGGAUGCGAAGGGGAAGGAGCGAGUGAACGAGGCGAAAGAAGACUCCGACCAUCUCUCAACGAAAUCGGCCUUCGUUACAUUCACGCCUUCGAGCGAGACAAUCGGCGGCAUUCGGAAGACAGGACCUCAACUUGAGGUGCACGGGAGAGGUGAUAUCCUCAUCCUAUGCCACGUUCAUAGCGGAGACCAGCACAUCGUCACGCUACGAAAUGUAUGCUACUGCCCGGACGCACGUGACAAUAUUAUCUCGGAGAGCCGUAUGGAUCAGAAGGGACUAUCAAUCCACAAGCAGAAUGGCCUGGUAGCUGUCCAGAACUCGAAUGGGAAGGUUAUCAUGGAAGGUGCGCGACAACGUGACUUAUAUGAACUCGACUGCGCAAUCGCCCCUCCAUCCUCCCAUCCCUCUGAGAUCUCAUUCGCCGCCCAACUUUCUCCAUCUGAUAGCGAGCUUUGGCACCGCCGGCUUGCUCAUAUCGGACAGGGCAGUCUCCAAUACAUGGUAAAGCACGCCCUUGUCACAGGACUCAAUCUGAAAUCCAUAGAGACACUUGGCCCAUGCGACGGCUAUGCGAAGGGGAAGCAUCACCAAGCACCCUUUCCGAAGCAAGCCACCAAUCGUGCUACAAGCAUUCUCCAUUGCCUCCACAUGGAUCUUCAAGGACCAUUUGACCUAUCCAUCACCGGCUAUCGCUACACACUCGCUGUCGUUGACGACUACAGCCGCAAGGGAUGGAAGGCUUUCCUGAAGGCCAAAAGCGAUGCGACUUCGGAGAUCAAGGAUUUGAUCGCACGCCUCGAGACAUUCUCUGACAAGAAAGUCAAGAUCGUUCGAUCUGAUGGUGGUGGCGAAUUUAUAGGCAACGACCUCCAGACAUAUUUCAAAUUGAAGGGGAUCAAACACGAGACUUCCGCUCCACACACUCCACCACAGAACGGCGUAGCCGAGCGCUAUAACCAGACGACACAUGAGCACGCCCUCUGCAUGUUGCAAGAAGCGAACAUGAGCUCGGGUUUUUGGCCUGAAGCCCAUGCAUAUGCAUUGCUUGUCCGCAAUCGAAGUCCUACAAGAGCCCUGGUUGAAUCCACGCCCAACGAGAAAUUCUAUGGCCAGAAACCAGAUGUCUCAACCCUUCGCAUUUUUGGAGCACGCUGCCAUGUUCGCGUUCCACCCGAAUCCCGAAAGAAGCUUGAUGCACACUCGCUUGAUGGCAUUUUCUGCAGUUUUGCACCUAAUCAGAAGGCGUACAAGAUCUGGAUCCCUUCGAGGCACAAGUUUAUGGUAUCUCGAGAUGUUAUUGUCUACGAGAAUGUCCCAGCAAUGCCCGAUGAUGAUGACCAAAACCCUGCUUUGAGCGAGGGGGUGACCGCAAGUAAGUCCACUCAAAGCAAUAGUCCUGAUAAGGCUGUUGGCAGAGAAAUUUCCGCGACAUCACCACCACAUCCUCCAACUCCUCAGGCUUCGGCAUCACCAGCUUCAGCGCCAAUUCCUACACCGCCUGAAAAUCAGCCAUCCACUGCAUCAGCACCCACUCCCGCCAGUACUCCCGCACCAGCACCAAUGCCCGCACCAGCUCCCGCACAUCUCCGACGUUCAGAACAUGUCACGCGCCCAUCUUGGAUCAAGCAAGCUGCCGAGAAACAGCAGGCACAAGAACAGGCGAUGAAGACACACAACAAGGCGAUCAAGGAAGCACGCACACUGCGGAGACAAAUGAAGGUACAGGCGAGGACAGCUCCAGAACCCAUACCAGAGGACGCCACAGUCCCAACGACACCCGAAGGUGAUGUCGCGCAAGUCGCCUAUAUGGCGGCAUUUGGCACGGACACACCAAUGAAUUUCUGUGAGGUGACGAAGUGCUCGGAGGCCGAUAACUGGUGGACAGCAAUGCACGAAGAGAUCGACAUGCUGCAGAGGCGUGGUACAUGGGUACUCGAGGACUUGCCACCUGGCCGGAAAGCCAUCGGCAACCGCUGGACAUAUGUUAUCAAGCGUGGCCCACAAGGCGAGAUCCUACGAUACAAAGCCCGACUUGUUGCACAGGGAUUUUCACAGAUUCCCGGCAUAGACUUCAAUGACACAUUUUCCCCCACCGUUCGACUCAAAUCUCUUCGGGCGAUCUUACAUCUCACCGCUGCACAUGGAUGGCAUCGUGGACAGGACGACAUGACUGGCGCGUUCUUGCACAGCAAGGUUGACGUUAUCAUUUAUAUGCAGCAGCCUGUCGGAUUUGACGACGGUACUGGACGUGUUUGUCGCUUACUGCUCAGCUUGUAUGGUCUUAGGCAGUCAUCCCACCUCUGGAAUGAGUACAUGGAUGGCCAACUGUCAACAAUCUCAUUCCAUCGACUGAUCUGCGAUAGUGCCAUCUAUGUUCGUCGUACAGAAACUGGUGCGAAUUCCAUCCUGGCGAUCCAUGUUGACAAUACCCUCAGCUUCUCAGACUCAGCAGAGGAGCUUGCUUCUGUCCGAAAGCAGCUUCACAGUAUCUUUGAGAUGAAGGAGGAGGAUCCCAACUGGUUGAUGGGUUUCGAACUCAUUGACAAUCCCCAGGAACAUACUGUCUCCAUCUCGCACCGCCAGUACAUCUCCACCAUUCUCAGACGCUUCAAAAUGGAGGAUUGUGUUCCUGUACCAACCCCCAUGGAGUCCAGUCUGCACCUCUCAGUUCACGAUGCACCGUCGACACCAGAGGAGAUUGCGGAGAUGAAGAAACGGCCGUAUCGCGAACUUGUUGGCGCCCUGACCUGGAUCUCGGUCAUCUCGCGCCCUGACGUAGCGUUUGUCAGCGCACACCUCGCGCAGUUCAAUGCCAAUCCCGGCAAGAGGCAUUGGGAAGCCGCGAAACGAGUGCUUCGAUAUCUCGCGGGCACUCGCGACCUUCGGCUCGAAUUGGGAACUGCGGACGAGGAAGGCGACACGAAUGAAUUGGUCGGCUAUACGGACGCGGACUGGGCGCGCGACGUUGACACUCGACGCUCCGUCUCGGCAUACAUUUUCCAGCUCGGCAACUCAUCAAUAGCCUGGAGCAGCAAACGCCAGACGACCGUUGCCUCAUCAUCAACUGAGAGCGAAUAUAUGGCCUUGUCUUAUGGCGCGAAACAGGCACUGUGGUACCGGCGUUUCCUCACGGAAAUUGGACUCACUCUCGAAGGAACCCCUACCGCACUCCUAACAGACAAUAUGGCUGCCAAGGACAUUGCGAAGGAUACCCGUCACCAUGGACGUACCAAACACAUCGAUAUACAGCACCACUUCAUCCGCGAGCGCAUACAAGACGGAAACUUCAAUGUCGUUCACUGUCCCACUGCAGCAAACAUUGCUGAUGGACUCACCAAGCCCCUGGACAAGGAGCCAUUUUCCAAAAUGGUUUCUGAUUUAGGACUCUCACUCCAUUGA